AUGUCAGAGCUGCGCUUUGAUAAUCAGACCGUCGUCGUCACCGGCGCCGGUGGUGGUUUGGGAAAGGCAUAUGCGCUUUUCUUUGCCUCAAGAGGUGCUAACGUUGUCGUGAAUGACCUCGGUGGCUCUCACAAGGGUGAGGGACAGUCAUCAAAGGCCGCAGAUGUUGUCGUUGAGGAGAUCCGCGCCGCGGGCGGAAAGGCGGUCGCCAACUACGACAGUGUUGAGAACGGCGAGGCCAUCAUCGAUACCGCUAUUAAGAACUUCGGACGCGUGGAUAUUCUCAUCAACAAUGCUGGUAUCCUGCGGGAUAUCAGCUUCAAGAACAUGAAGGACCAAGACUGGGAUUUGAUUACCCGGGUACACACAUACGGUGCUUACAAGUGUGCUCGUGCCGCAUGGCCUCACUUCCGCAAACAAAAGUUCGGUCGCGUCAUUAACACUGCCUCGGCAGCUGGUCUGUUCGGCAACUUCGGCCAGGCCAACUACUCCGCCGCCAAGCUGGGCCAGGUUGGUUUCACAGAAACUCUGGCCAAGGAGGGUCUCAAGUAUAAUAUUAUUGCCAAUGUGAUUGCUCCCAUUGCUGCCAGUCGUAUGACUGCUACCGUGAUGCCUCCUGAUGUGUUGGAGAACCUGAAGCCUGACUGGGUUGUCCCCGUUGUGGCCCGUCUGGUUCACUCUUCCAACACUACCGAGACCGGUGGUAUCUACGAGCUUGGUGGUGGUGCGGUUGCUAAGCUCCGCUGGGAGCGGGCCAAGGGCGCUCUGCUCAAGACCGAUGAGUCCUUGACUCCAGGUGCUAUCGCCCGCAAGUGGGCCGAUGUCAAUGACUUCUCUAAGCCUGACUACCCCUCAGGCCCUGCUGAUUUCAUGGGUCUCCUCGAGGAUGGUCUGAAGCUGUCCAGUGCUCCCAAGGGUGAGGAGCCCGACUUCAAGGGCCGUGUGGCCUUGGUCACUGGUGGUGGUGCUGGUCUCGGCCGCGCUUACUGCUUGCUGUUCGCCAAGUACGGUGCUAAGGUUGUCGUCAACGACCUGAUGGACCCUGAGCCUGUGGUUCAGGAGAUCAAGAAGGCUGGUGGUGAGGCUGUUGGUAACAAGGCCAACUGCGAGGACGGUGACGCUGUCAUCAAGUCCGCUAUCGAUGCCUUUGGACGCAUUGAUAUCGUCGUUAACAAUGCCGGCAUCCUGCGUGACAAGGCUUUCACCAACAUGGAUGAUAACCUCUGGAACUCGGUUCUCAAUGUCCACCUUCGCGGAACCUACAAGGUGACCAAGGCUGCCUGGCCCUACUUCCUCAAGCAGAAGUAUGGCCGUGUUGUCAACACUGCCAGUACCAGCGGUAUCUACGGUAACUUCGGCCAGGCCAACUACGCUGCGGCCAAGCUGGGCAUUCUUGGUCUCUCCCGUGCUCUUGCUGUCGAGGGUGCAAAGUACAACAUCAAGGUCAACACCAUUGCCCCCAAUGCUGGUACCGCUAUGACCCGUACCAUCAUGCCCGAGGAGAUGGUCCAGGCCUUCAAGCCUGACUAUGUUGCUCCUCUGGUUGCACUGCUGUGCUCUGAUGCGACCCCCGAGCCCUCCACCAAGGGACUCUACGAGUGUGGUAGCGGCUGGUUCGGCCGUACCCGCUGGCAGCGAUCUGGCGGUCACGGUUUCCCCGUGGAUGUCAAGCUCACCCCCGAGGCUGUGCUCGCCAACUGGGAGAAGAUUGUCAACUUUGACGAUGACCGCUCAGACCACCCUGAGGAUGCCCAGGAGGGCUCUGCUCGUGUGAUGGCCAACAUGAACAACCGUUCUGGUGGUGCCCCCGAGAACGAAUACCUCAAGAACAUCGAAGCUGCCAAGGCUGUCACCACUGAGGGCAGUGGAUUUGACUUCGAGGAUCGCGAUGUCAUUCUUUACAACCUGAGCUUGGGUGCCAAGCGCACUGACUUGCCUCUGGUUUACGAGAACCACGAUCAAUUCCAGGCCCUUCCCUCCUUCGGUGUGGUUCCCUGGUUUAACACCAGCCUCCCCUGGAGCUUCGACGACAUUGUCAAGAACUUCUCCCCCAUGAUGCUGCUCCACGGUGAGCAAUACAUGGAGGUCCGCAAGUACCCCAUCCCUACUGCGGCCAAGACUUUGACCUACCCCAAGCUUAUCGACGUUGUUGACAAGGGCAACGCUGCUCUAGUUGUGUCUGGAUUCACCACCAAGGAUGCCGUUACUGGCGAGGACCUGUUCUACAACGAAUCCACUGUCUUCAUCCGUGGCAGCGGCGGCUUCGGUGGCUCUCCCAAGCCCACUGCCGUUCGCCCCAAGGCUGCUACUGCGGCUUACAAGCCUCCUCAGCGCCCGGCUGAUGCCGUGGUCGAGGAGAAGACCUCCGAGGACCAGGCUGCUCUGUACCGCCUGAAUGGCGACCGCAACCCGCUCCACAUUGACCCCGAGUUCAGCAAGGUUGGUGGCUUCAAGACCCCCAUUCUGCACGGUCUGUGCUCGCUCGGUGUGGCUGCCAAGUCUGUCUUUGCCAAGUACGGCGCCUACAAGAACCUUAAGGUUCGCUUCGCUGGUGUCGUCCUGCCUGGCCAGACUCUCCGCACUGAGAUGUGGAAGGAGGGCAACACUGUCCUUUUCCAGGCUACCGUUGUCGAGACUGGCAAGCCUGCCAUCACCGGCGCUGGUGCCGAGCUCCUGGAGGGCGCUAAGGCUAAGCUGUAA